AUGCCUUUAAGGAAGAGACUUCCUGUAAAGAUUCCAUCUUGCACUGAAGAAGUUGUUUGGAUCCAACUCUUGUCUUCCUCAGCAACCCACCCCGACCUUUUUCAAACUUCCAGCUCCAGACCGCACAGAUACUCUUCACAAGAAACCUGUGAGGACAUUGGUGACAGGUCACUGUCUUCAGGCCACAGCAUGGGGCACAAUACUCAAGGUAAUACCAUAUAUAGACGAUCAAGCUGGGGUAUUUACCGAAGGAGAUAUAUCAGUUUGUCUGAACAAGUAAGGUCUGGUAUUCCUUCUUCAUACCUCCAGCAACAAGAUGGAGAUGCAAGCAAAAGUGAUGGUCACGUGGACACCCGAGUAAGAUAUGCUCCCUAUGCCAUUCCACGCUAUCACCGGAGAGCCUAUUUUCAGACACAAAACCACACCCAUGUUAACAUGGAAAGAGAGCAAAAUCCUCCAGAGACAAAACUGGAAGAGAAGAGGCAGGGUGAGACCUCAAGAAAGUGGUUCAAGAUCACUAUUCCAUUUGGCAUAAAAUAUGAGGAGAAGUGGUUGCUGAAUUUGAUUCAGAGGCAAUGCAGCAUCCCCUUCACUCCAGUGGAAUUUCACUAUGACAAAAUGCAGGCCCAGUUCUUCGUUGAGAAUGUCAGCAUUGCCUUAGCAUUGCAGAAUGUCAAUGGCAAAAUUUGGGAUAAGAAUAAUGAGAAGAUAUCUCUCUUUAUCAGCCCCUCUGAUGCACCCAAGUCUGUGCAGAAGGAGCUGAAGUCAGAAAAGGAGGAACAGAUAAAGGAAGGGACUGGGGAUAAGGUCAUCUUGGCCCUCUUUCUCUGGUCUAUGUGUUCCUCUUCAUAAUCACAGGUGAAGUCAGCAGAGGGAUUGGACCAGGGCAAAGGGCUGGAGCCGGGAGAGAUGAGUGCAAACAUAAACCCCCUGUGCACCACCUUACCAGAUAAUUCAACCAACAUAAGUUCCAUCCUCGAAUUGUUCCCCAAAUUAUCAUGCCUGGAUGGCCAGGAGCCACCCCCACUAACUAAUUUUGGGAUUGAAGCCCCAAAGAAGUUACCAUCCUACAAGGGAAGUUUCUUUGGUUCUGAUACCCUGAAGAGUCUGAUCAUGCAAUUUCUGCAGCAGUACUACUUGAUCUAUGACUCUGGAGACCGGCACUGUCUUCUCUGUGCUUAUCAUGAUGAGGCCUGCUUCUCCAUGACCAUUCCCUUCAUCCAGGGCGACCCAGCCCCAAGCAACUUGUUUGUGUACUUCAAGGAUAACAGGAAUAUGAAGAACCUCAAGGACUCCAACCUGCGUUUUCAGCUGCUGAAACAUAGAAAACAUGACAUUGUGAGCUCCCUCUGUGUAUUGCCCAAAACUCAGCAUGACCUCAGCUCCUUCCUGGUGGACAUGUGGUUCCAGUCGGAAAGGAUGCUCUGCUUCUCUGUCAAAGGGAUGUUCAAGGAAGUGGAAGGAAGGUCUCAGGGUAUUCUUCGUGCCUUCACCCGGACCUUCAUCGCCACCCCUGCCGGCAAUUCCAGUCUAUGCAUCAUGAAUGAUGAGCUGUUUGUGAGGGACGCCAUCUCCAACGACUCAGAGUCUGCAUCCUCCAUCUGAGUAUCCACACCCUCCUGUAGCUCCAGGCCCACCCUCUCCCAGAAUCAGCAGGAAAUGGUGCAGGUUUUCUCCACCCCGCCUGGGAUGAGCCUCCAGUGGUCUCAGAAGUGA